UGUCAGGCUCUCGCCGUCGCCUGAAUGGACAGGGACACGUUUGCCUGCGCUACUAAGUUUUUUCGUGAUUAUAGCAGCGCACCUCGGGGCGCAAGCAGUCAACCCCACGACCACGUCGACUACAUCGAAAAGCCGGAAAUCUUCACUUAUGCGGACUUUUUCAAGGACUACUUGAUUCCCAACGACCCCUGUGUUUUCUCGGCGAAAUUCACCGAGGGCUGGGGGAGCAGGCGGAAAUGGGUGACUCCGGACGGGAAGCCAAACUUUGACUACUUGCUGCGGACUUUCGGGGAGGCUGUAGUACCCGUUGCCAACUGUGAUGUCAAGGAAUACAAUUCUAACCCAAAGGAACACCUCAAACUCAAGGAGUAUAUAAGUUAUUGGAAAGAACACAUUAAAAAAAAUUACCGCUCACCCCGAGGGUGCCUUUAUCUCAAGGACUGGCACCUGCACAGGGCUUACCCAGAACAAGAUGUUUACACCACCCCAAUCUACUUCUCUUCUGACUGGCUGAAUGAAUACUGGGAUGCCAUCAAAGUGGACGACUAUCGCUUUGUCUAUAUGGGACCGAAGGGCUCAUGGACUCCCUUUCACGCAGAUGUCUUCCGCUCCUACAGCUGGUCAGCUAACAUCUGCGGGAAAAAGAAAUGGCUGAUCUUUCCCCCGGGGCAGGAGGAGAACCUCCGAGACCGCCAUGGCCACCUGCCCUUUGACAUCACCUCCCCCGAGCUGAAGAAGAGCAGCCUUUACCCUCGCUAUGCCCAAAGCGCCGCUCCCGUCGAGAUCAUACAGGAAGCCGGGGAGAUCGUCUUCAUUCCCAGCGGGUGGCACCAUCAGGUUUACAAUCUGGAAGACACCAUCUCCAUCAACCACAACUGGGUGAAUGGGUGCAACGUAGCCAUCAUGUGGAGCUUCCUCCAAGACGAACUGGCUGCCGUCCAGCGGGAGAUCAGAGAGUGGAGAGAAACCAUGGAAGACUGGCACCUCCAGUGUCAGGUACUGAUGAAGUCUUACACAGGCAUCGACUACAAGGAGUUCUACAACUUCCUGAAGAUCAUCGCCGAGAACCGGAUUUUCGUCCUCGAGAACCACCAUUCCGAGGAAGACGCCUCCAAGCAUUCCUACCGCGCCGCCAUCUCCGGCCUGGGGAUGCUCCACGCCGUCUUCGAUUUGAAACGGACUGCGAAGGUCUUAACUUCUCUGAACGCCAACGAGGAUUUCAAGAAACUGAUCCCCGAGUCCCUGACCCCGCCUCCUCAGGCGCUCCUACACCGCCUGAAGGCAGCCAUAGACACCGCGCUCCUGUAG